UGAUAACGAAAAAUUGAAAUAAAUGUUAAAUUUUGGUGGUAUCUCAGUGGAUAUGGAGUUCUUAAUUACGGAAAUAUUGUACAAAUAGCCUUUGAUUUUCAUAACUUCUUUUUUGUUAUGGAAAAAUAUGUUCAAUCGUCUGUUUUUGUUUUAAUUUUGAAAGCACCAAACGAAGAUGCUGAUCUGCCAGACCCUUACAUUGAACACCUUGAAAAAGCGAAUAUUCCUUCAAAAUUUAUCCCCACUUUACAGUUUCGGUUCAAGAAUCUGGAUGUGAUUCUGGAGUACUUGAAUAAUCCUGAAAAUUAUGCCGGUAUUGUUUUCAAUAGCCCUAGAUGUGUUCGAGCUGUCAUAGAAUCAUUAAAAAAUGAACACCUGAAACAUGAAUGGAAAUCGAUGAAAUGUUUCGUUGUAGGAGAAGCCACCGCUAAAUUAGCGAAAAAUGAAUUGGAUUUGAAUUAUGAGGGUCAGUCGUCUGGAAAUUUGGCAGCUUUAUUGCAAAAUAUCUCUCAAUAUAAUUUUGAAAAACCAUUAUUGAUGCCUGUUAGCAAUUUACAUAAGAAUAGUGACACGAACGUGACAUUACGAAAAAUCGUUGCAUACGAAACUUACGAACAUGAACAACUAGAAUCCUUACUGAGAAAUGCUAUACAACCAGAGUUAACCAAUAUCUUAGUUUUCUUCAGUCCUUCUGGAGUAAAAUCAACUCUUCGUUACAUGCCUCUGUCAACCAAUAAAAAAUUUAAGUUUGUAGCGAUUGGUCCUACUACAGCUGAAGAAAUGAAGAGAAAUGGCAUAGAGGUUCACGGAGUGUGCAAAAAACCAAAUCCAGAGAGCUUAAUAGAACUUAUUUCGGAAUUAUGUUCUAAAAAUAACGAAACCGUAGCUGAAAUUUUGCCAUAAUAUAAUAAUUAUCUUUUAAUUUCUUAAUAUUGUUGUGUUUGCUGAAAUAAAUAAAUAGAAAAUUUCUAAAA